GAAACAACCGCAGCCAUGGCCUCGGACAUCCCCCCCCAGGCCAUCGGCUUCCUGUCGGCGGUGGGCGUCUUCAUCGUGGCGCUGGCCGUCCUCUUUCUCUUCAUCAACAAGAAGCUGUGUUUCGCGCGCGUCGGUGGAAUGCCCUGUCUGGAGCAACAUGGCCGCCGGAAGAAAGGACGACAGGAAGUCCGCCAGGGCCUCGUGAGCAGCUACGGUGACGAUGAUGAUGAUGACGAAGGCAGCAGCUCUUCUGACAGUGAAGCUGAGGUCCUGAAGCAGUUUGAGAUCUCGGUGUCACGUUCACAGACUUUUCGUUCCCCAGCAGCAGCAGACAGCAGCGAGCAGCAGCCGCAGCAGCCGCAGCUGUCGGUGGGCCGACGCCACAAAUUCACCCGACUGUCGGACCAGGAGGAGGGCAGCACCGAGCCAUCAGACUGUGAAGAAAUGGACGCUCAGAGCCAGCAGCGGGGUUUCCAGGACCCGCUGUCUGCAGCAGUAGAGGAGAGCGAGAGGGCAACGGCGGCGGCGGCGGCCUCUCCGAACAAACCUGCUGCACUGAAAGCAUCGGGCGCCAGGGACAGUCCCACCCCAAGUUUGAACCGGCAGGCCGCAGAUGGCAGGGAGGACACGGAGAAGGCUGCGGAUUACAAAAAAAACGAUGCCACGGACAGCUCCUCCACCUGGAGCCCCGAGCAGGAGCAGCCACCCCAGGAUGAUGUCUCGCCUCUGCCAACGAGCUCUUCCCCCCGACCCCCCAUCUCUAAAUGUGGAGACCUGGUCCUCUCUCUGGAGUACCGCCCCGACACGGAGAAGCUGCUGGUCUCGGUGAUUGCGGCCCAGGACAUCCCGGACAAGGCCCGCAGCGGCAUGGACUCCUGGCAGGUGCACAUGGUUCUUCUCCCCUCCAAGAAGCAACGCCACAAGACGGCGGUGCAGAAAGGUUCGCUGCCGCACUUCAACGAAACGUUCCGCUUCUCGCGCCUGGAGGCGUCGGAGCUGCACAUGUCGGCCGUCAGGUUCAGGCUGUACGCGCUCGGAGCCUCUCGGAUGUCCAGCCGCGAGCGGAUGAUGGGUGAGAAGGUGCUGCGUUUAGGUGGGCUGGACCCGGAUGGAGGGACCAUGGAGACGACGCUGGUUCUGGAGCCUCGCAAUAACCUCAAGAGCGUGGACUCCCAGCUGAGCCUGUCGGCCGUGUCUCAGAGCGACAGCGCCUCGUCCACUCAGUCUCUGACCCACGGCGGCGUCCCCGAGCUGCUGCUGGGCCUCACCUACAACGCCACCACGGGCCGCAUGUCUGUGGAGCUCAUCAAGGGCAGCCACUUCAGAAACCUGGCCAUCAGCAGACCACCAGACACCUAUGGGCGUCUGACUCUGCUGAACUCGGUGGGUCAGGAGAUCUCUCGCUGUAAGACGUCGGUGCGCCGCGGCCAGCCCAACCCCGUCUACAAGGAGACCUUCGUCUUCCAGGUGGCACUGUUCCAGCUGUCGGACGUCACGCUGCUGGUCUCCGUCUACAACCGCCGCAGCAUGAAGCGCAAGGAGAUGGUGGGCUGGGUGGCUCUGGGCCAGAACAGCAGCGGCGAGGAGGAGCAGCUCCACUGGCAGGACAUGAAGGAGAGUCGAGGACAGCAGGUCUGCCGCUGGCAUGUCCUGCUGGAGGCGUAACGCCUCCCGGACUAAGGACUGUUUUUUAUUUUAAGAGGAAAGGGAGUGAUUGAUUUGAUCCGCUGACAGAAUGAUGCAUGUGGCGAUGGAUUCAAGGACUUAGCUUUUGUCAGAGCACACUCGCCACUACUGUAACAUCAACGUCAAACCUGGCUGCCUAUUUGAUGCCAACACGAGGAACAACUUCAUCUGCUUUCGGAGGCCGACACAAGUUUAACCGUGAAUAUUUCUGUGAAUAAAGAAAGAAGACAGCCUUCAACAAGGUUAGUUGAGAUCCAAGUCCGUUACUACGACAACUAUUUCUUUGGCAUGUAAAACCUUUUUUAAAGUGAAGGUUUUCCUGUGGAAAUUCACUUCUUCUCAAUGAAAAACCCUUUGUAGAAGAUCCAUCGGCAUCCAAGAGCAGCUGAGAAUGUUUUCCUUACAGUUAUAGCUUAAAGCAGCUCAGUUGUGAAUCGAGGCCACUGCAGUUUAGUUUUUCUAGUGAAAUGCUGUGUUAGAAAGCACACACAGAUUAGAGGGGUGUGUGUGUGUGGGUGUGGGUUUGACUUGUUAUUUCUAAAUCUUGCUUUUACUGGCUGGUAAAUGAAUGAAGAGGCAAAGGAAACUGCACAGCGAGACGUUGAGUUGGUAAACUCAUGCAGACAGGAACCAGAAAGAUGCAACGUCCUGAAGAUGGAAUAUUGAAAAUAUUAUUGUCGCUUCCUCUCAGAAACACAGUUUUGUCUUAAACACAAACAAACUGAGAAUGGUGGAAACUAUAUGAUGAUGAUGAUGAUGAUGAUGGUGGUAUUGUCACAUAGUUAUCACACUGGCUCUGUUUUUCAGCUUUUUGCACCAACAGUCUGAACAAAAUUAAGGAAAUCUUGCCUGGCUGAGGUGGAUCAAUUCAACCCUAUUUCCUAAAAACUGCAGCGAUAAGGAGACUGUAACCUUCCUCACAUUAACAAAUGUAACAAACAGAAAUGACAUAUUUUCAUCCCGUUUUUCAUCAUCUCUUGUGUCUCUCUUCUUUCACAAUGGUUUUAAUGGCACCUACUGGAGAAUUAGGCCUACAUCCAUCAACUGUUUCAUCAACUCAAUUCACCAACUCCAUAUAUUCUCAGUAUUGGAUUGAAAUGUGCAUACAUUUGCAUUUUCUUUCUGAAAAUUUGGUUCAGAUUUGAGCUACAGUUGGAUGAAAACCUCACUAGCAUUCGUGUUACCACUGGAGGAUUACGUGGCCAUAAAAUACUGAGAAGGAAACAAACACGAGAGUAGAAGUGAAGAUGUUUAAUGAUUCAAGUGGAGGAGGAAGGCGUCUCAUUCAUAUUCAGCACUCAUUCACAUUCUCCCGACACGUGUGCUACUACAGGCAGGAAGUAGCAGCAGCUGGGGUCGGGAUGAGAGCAUCUCUUCCCUCGUCGACACUGAAUGAUGUUAUUUGGCCUGGCCUCCAUCUCCUUCACAGGGCAAAGCUCAUUUCAACACCCAUCAACGCUGAACUGAAAAAGAGGCUUUAAAUAUCUCACUGCAGCUGUUAAUAACCCCCCCACCCUCCCCAAACACACUCGCUCUGUGGUAAUUGCUAGUUCCAGCUGUAGAAUUGUGUACAGUGUGAUGACGGUAAUGCCGCUGAGCAUCGAAGGGGGGGGGAUUUGUGUAGACAGAUACUGUAGCUCCAAACCCCUCUGGGGGGGGGGAAGCAAGAGAUGUGUUGGUUCUCUUCAGGCAGGUGACAACAAAGCUUUCUUUAGAAAUGAUGAACUGCAGCUCAGUUUGAAGACUGUGAUUGGAGGAAACUGCAAAUAAUUACUCAAAAACACAAGAUUGUAUGGGAUUAAGGAGAUGACACACACACACACACGUGAUCCUAAACAGUUGUUUUUUUACUACCAAACUCACCACAUUCAUCAUCAUCAUCAUCAUCAUCAUCAUCAUCAUCAUCAUCACCACCACCAUAAAGUAUAAGGCUUCGUACAUGUGAGUCUGAACAUGAACUAUAUUUAGUGCCCAGACUGAUAUAUUUUAUGCAUGUCGAGUUGUUGUACAGAAUCUAUAAUAUCUAAUUUCUAUUUUUUAACAUAGUAAAUGUUUAAUGUUCUUAUUAGUAUUUCCCAGGAGGUCUAUUUGUAUUCACAUGUCAGCAUGCUCAGUUUGAGAUCCCAGGUUGUAUUCCAGAUGUGAGACAAUCAGAUUGUGCUGCAGAUGUGAUACCGUUGUAAUACUCUGAUGAUGAAGUGCCUGUAACAUUUUUGAGAUGAAACAUAUCCACCACGAUAAAAAGAAGAAAAAAAAGAGAUGAUCCAAAUUUGCAUGAAGCCUUCCCUGUUGUUCCCUGUGAAUGCUGCUGUAGGACUGCAUGCUAAUGGGAGGCGACCACAGGGCCUAAUGUCAAGGCCUGGACCAGGACUGAGGUCCAAGACCAAGUCAGACCACAUUCAGUCAGGUUGACUUCAACAGGAAGUCAAACCGAAGACCAAAGCCAACUGAAACACUAAAUACAGCAAACAAAACAUAACCAAAUCUAUGGAACUAAAUAAGUACUGUCUUUGUACAAAGAUAGUAGAGGCAGUUUUAACUUGUGUCAAUCGUCCCAAACGACAAGAAGAAUAGUUAGAGAUUCCACUUUAAACAUUUGUUACAUGUAACUACUCGUAAAAACCACAAGCUGUCGUCUUUACAUCUUUAUGCUAAGCUAGGCUAAUCCCCUCCUGGUUCCAGCUCUGUACUUCUGUAGUAGUGUUGAUCUUCUUAACUCUCGAAAGACAGCAAAUAAGCAUUUCCCAAAAAUGUGGCACUAUUGGUUUAGAUAUCGUAAGCCUGUGUCAAACAGAGCUUAUUUUCAACAUAAAUGUAACCAUACGUAUGUACAGCCAGUCUGUGUAUCUUUUGGUAUUUAGAUUUUACUUUUAUAAACAAAAAUAAAAGAUAAAGCAUUAGUCCAAAAACAAGUUUAGUUUUUUGUAAUCCAUUUUCAAAAAUAUAUAUUGAAAAUGGAGUUGGCUUAACUUUUCUCUGUUAUAAAUAAUAGUUAAAUUCUAACAACUAAAACAAAACUAACAUCUUUUCCUCUUCUGAAAAUCUGGUUAAGUCUCAGAUCUUCUUAGAUCUUCAUUGACAUCCGAAGUGGAACCUGUAACUGUUCUACAGAGAAAUGAGACACUAACUCAGUAGAUACUGUUAGUCCUGCAGUCCUGGUCUGGUCUGGUCUGGGCCGUGCAUGCUGAGCCCUUGCGGUACCCAGAAAGCACUUUUUGUACCAAGUUUUGUCGUUGCCAAUAAAAGCCAGAAGAUCCCUGCUGUGGGAACGUCUGUCCGCCAUCUGUUUCCUUUGGUCUGUCUCUCCGUCCUGUUCAGAUGUCUUAACUCUGAGUAUGGGACUUUCGUUACCACAGUUACAACAAAAACGAAAACACAGAUCAUCCCCCUGUGAUUGGUAGUAAAGAUUUCCAUUACAGAUUACAGAUUAGAUUAGAGAGUUUAAUCAUUGACAGCAGAUGCUUUGGUAUUUAGAUUUAGCCUACAAACAUGCAGCUUGUUUGUGUUGCUGUUGAUUAGCUGUAUACUAUCAAGUGUUCAAUUAACAUGUAUUUAUUCUCAAUGUUAAUACUCUAUGGUGGUAUGGCCACAUUUGUAUUUUAAACACAACACCAGAAACCUUUAUGUUCCUGACUUCAAUGAUCUGCUGUUGGUUCACUGUAAUCUACAAGUUAUUUUCCUAUACUACUGUGCAAGGACAUACUAAUCUUGUGUUUAAUCUCCAAUAUACCAUGUACUAUUUCAAUAAUUCUUCUAUAAUAAGAUUUAGAGUAUUUCAGCAUGAUACUGUAUCU